UGCUGCCUCUCACGUCAUCAAGGUGUGUCGCAAUGCAUGAUGAGUUUCUAGAAUGGUGGAGUCGUGUUUGAGAUGCAGUCUAUUUUCUGACCUCCUGUAUGUUAGCUACCGGGGAGACUGUACGCGGCUUUCCGAAACACCUUGAUGUAUGAGAUUGACUUGUCUUAUAUAAGCAGGGCGGAAAUCCUACCACCAUUCUUUACUUUUUACAUGGAGCUCCCACCUGGCACUCGACUGUACACUUGGGACGUGGAUCAUGCCUCGACUUCGAUCUCGAGUCCGCCCCCGAAAGACUUUCGAAGCUGCAUAGCGCAGUGUACGGAGGUACCAAAACAGAGUCAGAGAUUCCAAAUGUAUACAAUAACGGCAUCAAGCUCCGUCAACGGCAAACGCUGGCUGAUCUGGCAACAUCCUCGAUGCCUUGCUGACUGGAAACUGACAUGCCGACACAUCUACAGGUGUAUCCGGCCAUUUGGCAGGGCGAUCAUGACCAGAAAUAUGAGGUUCUCGAAGGAUUUCUGUCGAACUCAUCGACGUUCCUAUCUUUCCUCUGGAGAUCGUUCACCGCCGAAAUGCAUCUCCACGGUCAAAGAAGCUCUGGCCAAGCCGGUUACGUCAGACUCGGUGAGCUCACCCCGCUUUACGACAGCUCCGACCAAUGGAUUCGUGUGUUGAUUUGGAAUUCAUGCCACAUCCUUUGAGCAACGAUGAUGGCCAUACUCAUAGACAUGGUCGCUGUUGCUCUCAUGGAGAAACUGGAGGUAUUUGCAAGGUCGGAGAAUCUACUCAGAGCAAAUCGCUGGGCAAAGUAAAGCCGUGUCCUUUGAGCAGAAGAGCUGUUCCUUGAGAAAGUGAACAACGAUGAGCAAGUACGAAAACGAGCCAAAAGGUAAAAGGC